ACUCGUAAAGGAGAAUAAAUCGUCCGCGCGGCCAAUAAGAAACAGCGCACAGACGAUUCUCAGAACAGAAAAACGAGAGAAGUUCGCACGAGAUUCCCUGCAUCAGAAGAAACCCUAGCGAAGGAAAAAAAAAAAAAACCAUCGCUUUUCCGUCUCCGAAAAGGGAUCUUCCAAAAGAUUAAGCUUUAUUUCUCUUAGUCCCUGAUGGCCUCAAAACGGAUUACGAAGGAGUUGAAAGACUUGCAGAAGGACCCUCCUACAUCCUGCAGCGCUGGACCUGUUGCUGAUGACAUGUUUCACUGGCAAGCGACGAUUAUGGGACCAGCAGACAGCCCCUUUGCAGGCGGUGUAUUUCUUGUAACCAUUCACUUCCCACCGGAUUAUCCCUUCAAGCCUCCCAAGGUUGCCUUCCGUACAAAAGUUUUCCAUCCAAACAUCAACAGUAAUGGUAGCAUCUGCCUCGACAUUCUGAAGGAGCAGUGGAGCCCUGCUCUCACAAUCUCCAAGGUUCUGUUGUCAAUCUGCUCACUGCUAACAGAUCCUAACCCAGAUGAUCCUUUGGUGCCAGAGAUUGCUCAUAUGUACAAGACUGACAGGGCUAAGUAUGAGUCCACUGCACGAUCCUGGACCCAGAAAUAUGCCAUGGGUUAGAUGAUUUCUAGGACACUUUCUGUCUCUCCCCCUCUGUCGACAAGGAUAUAUAUAUCUGCAUAUCAUAUCCUACCAAAUCAGUAAAUAAGAAAAAGAACAAUAGAUAGGUAAUUCUCCAAAAGGGUGUGUAAGGACUCUGUUUGUGUUUCUUCUUUUGAGUUACAUUGAAAUAAAAAACUAUAGAUGAGAGUC